AGAUUUCCAAUUUCAUGGGUUUGCUCAAGCCGCUCAACUGCACUUCACCAAUGAAGUGGUAUUGACAUGGGCAAUGCAAAAGGAAGCGUCGCUGUUUUUCUCCAUAUUACUGGCAGCAUCCCAGAUCGGGCCCUUAUUUACAAUGAUUCUGGGUGGCGAAAUGUGCUCGUCGCCAUUAGGAUGGGAGGUUUGUCACAUACUUACACUUGCAACUUGCAAUAAAACAAUGUUUUUUAGCCCACCCGCGAUCAAGUUCGCUUCGACUGACCCGAUGCGAUCCCAGCAAAUUCAUAGGUCCCUAUCGUCCCCCAAAGCAACUUAUUACACACUUGGCUUUCUCACUCUGGUCACUACUCUGGCGUAUAGUUUCAUCUAUUCGGAUAACGUUGAGAAAAACAGUGAUUUAUCGAUUUGGACGAAUUUCAUGUUGUUCGUUGGCUACUAUGUCGGGAUGAUUACCUACCAACAAUACAGCCCGACAUUUAUUAAGCAGGUUUUAAAUUAUUCCAUCAGAGAAACCGGUUAUUUCUCGGCUAUUCCAAUGGUGUUCGCGAUUAUUAUUAAAGUGGCCAUAGGGAAAUUAAUUGAUCACGGACUUUGUUUCGGGCCAAAAUGGAGACUGGCUGGUCCGCUGGUGUUUCUGGAGUUUUUCAGCGCUCUGUCCAUAUUUCUUACAGGAUUCAUAGACGAUCGUCGAGUGGCUUUGUUUUUUAACAUGCUAUUUGCAUCUUUGCACUUUUUUGUACCAGUUAUUUGUAGCAGAACAAUACAAAUCAUUGGUGCUCAGCACGCACAUUUUGCACUGAACUUCAAUAUGUUCAUUGCCGGAUUCGUGCAGAUCCUCCUACCUGGAGGAGUACAGCUGAUGGUCCCCGAAAACACUAAAGAACAGGGCUAUCUCUUUGUACAAGCUGUUUACAAGGAGAAACGAGUUUCACCUGCUACAAUGCUAUGCGGGAAGAAAGUUCUUUUAGUGGUCUAUUUUAUUCUACUGCAUCACUGGUAUAAUAAUUUCUACUACAAUCCUGUAUGUUGUUUGCGUCAAAGUAGAAGCUGCACAUUGGACGGAACCCAAAGCGAAAGCGACGUCUUUCGAGCUGGGACAGUUUGUGGAGUUUUCUCGAAUAUCGUACAAGUGUCAUUUUUGAAAGUAACUCUCUGGUUUCAAUGA